UCUCGGAAUUGUUGAAACUGAGGAAAUUGUGUAGUGGUUGAUCUUUUAUUCCGGAGACGCUUGAAGCGCUGUGGUGUCGCUGCCUUCACAGGGCACCGAAAGUGAAGCUGAUGUUGUGCCAGUAGCCGCGGCUCCAUUACCAGCGCCGCCACUCGCUCAUAGUGAUGGGAAAGAAAAGCCGCACAGGGACGGGCCGAAGGACCAUUAUACAGCUCUCACCGCCAGGACUGCGCAGCGGCACAGGAGCAGGCCGAGACGACUCUGUAGGCUCUGGGUCUGAAGGGGAGACUGAGAAUAAUACAGGCAAGGACGGGCAAGGAGUAUACAAAGAAGUGAACAUGGAAAUGAAGACCCCAGCGGUGAAGGCCACACAGGGCUUGUCAUUGCUCGGUGCUUAUGAAGACAGUGAGGAAGAAGAUGCAUCUGAAGCAAGCAGUUCUGCUGCCAAAGCAAAGCUCAAUCGCUCGGCAGACAUUGACAGUACACUUGCAAGUUUUAUGGCUGAAAUCGAUGCUAUCACCACUCAGCCAGUCCAGACCGAUGAUACUACAAAGGAGGAGCCAAACGCUCCACCACCUACUCCUCCUCGCCCUGAACCCAAGACAGAACAGCACUCUUAUGUACAGAACGGCUCUGCACAGGAGUUUCAGUAUAAUACACAAUACUCCCUGGCAGGAGCUGGGGUUGAAAUGGGUGAUUGGCAGGAGGUGUGGGAUGAGAACACAGGCUGCUACUACUACUGGAACACCCAGUCUAAUGAGGUGGCCUGGGAGCUUCCCCACUAUCUGGCUGAUCAGAUGCAGAGUCUACAGCAGUACUCAGCAAGCUCAUCUGUUAACGGCAGUGAGGUGUUGCAUCAAGCAGCGAAUUAUCCCGAACAAGCAGCUCCGACUGUCACUGCAGUGAAACAGGAACCAAAAAAGAAGGAUGUAAUGGAGAGUGUAGUGGCUUUAACUAGUGAUGAGGAGGAGAGGAGAGGGGUCGCUGCCUCUCUCCUUGCACCUCUAAUACCGGUUGAAGUAAAAGAAGCAGAAGAGAAAUGGAGGAAGAAGAUUCUAGCGAAGGACGAGAAUGUGGAGAAUUCUCCAGAGGUUGAGGGAGAGGCACCGUCAGGCUCUCCUGCUCUGUGCGAUGGAGAAAGCCCUGCUCAGAGUAAUCAGCAAAGUAGGAACCAAUCUAGAGAAAACUCUGAUGGAGAAGAGGAGACUGAGGAGGAUACCAAGGAACUGGAGCUUGCUUUAGAAAGGAAAAAGGCUGAACUUCGUGCCUUAGAAGAAGGUGAUGGCAGUGCCGGUGGUUCAAGCCCCUGUUCUGAGGCAAGUCAAGAGGGUUCUCGAGGUCUUUUAAAGAAGACUAAAUGGAAAACAGCUUUUCUUAGGGCCCAAAGUCCUGACUCGAACAGCAGAGGCUCUGAGAAAAAUGAAUGGGACACUGCAGAGCCUGUGGAUCUAGCUGAGAAGCAAGAGGACAAAAAGGAACAGGAAAGAACUGUACCUAAACCUCAAGAGGAGGAUACAGCAGACCUCAAGUUUCAGAUUGGAGAGCUUGCCAAUACCUUGACCAGCAAAAUGGAGUUCUUGGGAAUUGACAAAAAGACCAUCUCCAACUUUCAACUGCUUUUGUUACAAACUGAGACGCGGAUAGCAGAUUGGCGAGAAGGCGCUCUGAACGGAAAUUAUCUCCGCCGCAGGUUGCAGGAAGCUGCUGAGCACAUAAAACAUUACGAACUUAACGCCACUCCCAAGGGCUGGUCCUGCCAUUGGGACAGAGAUCACAGGCGGUACUUCUAUGUGAAUGACCGGACCAGUGCUUCCCAGUGGGAGUUUCCAGCAGUGACGGCAGAAGACGAAGAGGCGAAGCCACCCCAGCCCUCUGCAGUUUGUCAGGGAAAUGCAGGUCAACAACCUGAGGCUUCCAGUGGUCUAGCAGGAACCGCCUUUGGAGAAACCCAGUCCUACUGGUCAGCUCCUCAACCUCCACUUCCUCCCGACACACCCCCUCCUCCUACAGAACAACCACCUCCACCUCCACCACCUCCUGAAUCUCCUCCGCCACCUCCUCCUCCACCUCUCAGCGAUGAUGGCGAGAUCGAGGAGGUAGAAAUGGAAGACGAGGAUGCUGAGCCACCUGCUCCUGGAACAGAGGAAUUUAGGGCCAUUGAAGCAGCAGCGACUCAAGGAACUGUGGCUAAAGCCCAGAAGAGGAAAGCUCCAGGCUCAGAACAUCUGAACAAAGCCAUCACCAUUGGGAGCAGUCCCAUACUUUACACCCAGCCUACCGCCACAGCAGCCCCUAUAAUCACUGCAAAUGCUUAUUGGGGAAUGACUGCAGUAGCUACACCUGCUCUACCAUCAGAGCCUCUGGUUCCACCAAUGCCAGCCGCACCCUCACAACCUCCACUUCCACCACCCCAACCUUCCGUUGAACCAGUGUCAACAAAGAUGCCUACAGACAAAGCUAAGAAACUAAAGAAGGAGAAGAUGAAGAAGAGCAAGACCAAAAUGCCAUCAUUAGUGAAAAAAUGGCAGAGCAUCCAGAGGGAACUAGAUGAAGAGGAGAAGUCAAGUUCUAGUGACGAAGAUCGAGACCAACUAAACAACAGGCGCAUCGAAGAGUGGAAACAGCAACAGCUUGCCUCAGGAAAGGCAAUGAAGAAUGCUAACUUUGAGGCUCUGCCUGAUGACUGGAGAGAAAGGUUGCUAAAGAAAAGGAAGAUGAUGCAAAGUUCAUAGCAUUGGUCCUUCGGUUUGGAAUGGACAAUUAUGGACUGUAUAUUUCUUUUCUUAUCCUGUUCCCACAGGAUGGACUGAAUGUUUUUAUAUUAUCACCUCUAGUCAAGUGGUGAUUUUUUUUUUUCUUUUCUUUUUGCAGAAAGACAGUGUCUCUCAUUUCUUUUUGUAAAAAUUAUCUCCCAGUGUACAAAGUAUUUUUUAUGCUUAUGUUGGCCCAUGGUAAUUGCAGAGCAAGCUUCUUUUUAAUUUGAGCAUGUGUCGACUUUGAGACUAGUACUUUUGUAGAUUAUGGCAAGUUUUGUGACGUUUUGUAGGACAUACUGUGCCAUGAUCAUGAGUCUUUGAUCCCAAGACCAUCUACUCUAGGGAUAAAUGCUUUUUUUUUUUUUUUUUUAAAUGUCCAUGCAUCUCUGAUACCUGGAAGCUUAUGAUUGUGUCCUUAGCUUUGUCUGCAAGGAGUGAUGGAAUAAUACACAAUUGCACAUGGUGGAAAACACUGGUUUCCUCCAGCGUUUCUGUGGUGACCACACUGGGUUUCUCCAGCGUUUCUGUGGUGACCACACUGGGUUUCUCCAGCGUUUCUGUGGUGACCACACUGGGUUUCCUCCAGCGCUUCUGUGGUGACCACACUGGAUUUCUCCAGCGCUUCUGUGGUGACCACACUGGAUUUCUCCAGCGCUUCUGUGGUGACCACACUGGAUUUCUCCAGCGUUUCUGUGGUGACCACACUGGAUUCCUCCAGCGUUUCUGUGGUGACCACACUGGAUUUCUCCAGCGUUUCUGUGGUGACCACACUGGAUUUCUCCAGCGCUUCUGUGGUGACCACACUGGAUUUCUCCAGCGCUUCUGUGGUGACCACGCUGGAUUUCUCCAGCGCUUCUGUGGUGACCACGCUGGAUUUCUCCAGCGCUUCUGUGGUGACCACGCUGGAUUUCUCCAGCGCUUCUGUGGUGACCACGCUGGAUUUCUCCAGCGCUUCUGUGGUGACCACGCUGGAUUUCUCCAGCGCUUCUGUGGUGACCACGCUGGAUUUCUCCAGCGCUUCUGUGGUGACCACACUGGAUUUCUCCAGCACUUCUGUGGUGACCACGCUGGAUUUCUCCAGCGCUUCUGUGGUGAUCAGUUAUUAAGAUUGUUGAAAGACCUGCAUAGAAGUACUCAGUCUUUGGAUUAAAUUUUUUAUGUCCGUGGAUUAUGUCUGUGCAAGGUAUAGGCUUUGCAGUAAUACUUUAUCAGCAGAUUUACAAUAUCAUUUUCAGUGUGGAGAAAUUUCAGCCAACUACUUGCUGUUCCACAGUGUUCUGUAUAGCUGUGUCUCUUAUUGGAAAUGGGGAUAGGGUUACUCAGUGAAGUUUUCUAUGUUGUAAAUAAUAAAUACGUUUAUACCACCUGA